UAUUCUUUUCCAUUUUUGCUUUUGGACAGAGAGCAAAAUGGUGCAACGACUGGUUUUCAGAAGACGAUUGUCUUAUAAUACAAAAUCAAACAGAAGACACAUUGUCCGUACACCAGGAGGCAAAUUAGUCUACCAAUACUUAAAGAAGCCUAAGAAGAUCCCCAGAUGCGGACAGUGCAAAGAUAAGCUUAGGGGUAUCAUUCCAGCUCGUCCUCAAGAACGUUCACGUCUGUGCAGGCGCAAGAAAACUGUAAAACGUGCAUAUGGAGGUGUCUUAUGCCACAAGUGUGUUAAGGAAAAGAUUGUUAGGGCGUUCCUUAUUGAAGAACAAAAAAUUGUCGUUAAAGUACUCAAAGCACAGCAAGCUGGAGUUAAAGCUAAAAAGUAGACAUAUAUAAUAAAUGUAUAAAUUUUA